GUCCAUGUAGAUUUAAUCCCCCAGUUUAGGCCAUGCCCUUCUUGAUGGCCGCCUAGAGGCUGACAAACGUUUUCUUUUAUCCUGCACCGACUACAUUUUAAUUGUUUUUACCGACCAAGUUUUUAGAGCGCACAGCGUGAGCAUGCACUCCGAGGCUACGUCACUCCCCCUAUAAUAGGCACUGAUGCGGUUCACGCGACGCUCGGGGAAACACGAUUUAGAUUUAGAUUUAGAUACUAGGUCAAUUUCCAACAGGCCUUGUGUUGAGGCCAUGAAGUGAAAUUCGACCAAGCUGAGCAAUGAAAAUUUCAUUUUACACUUCCACCUAAAACAAAGAAUUUGUUUAUCAACAAGGGUAGGCCCCUAUGGCCUAAACUGGGGGAUUUACUUCAAGCUUGACCACAUCCUGAUCUGAGAAUUACAAGUAAAGUUUAACACUGCGACAGCAACCCUUGCCAUGACAACUGAUCUAUUCUCCUUUGGAGUCGGCAAGAAUCUGAUGGAGCAUGUCACACCCCAUAAAAUGGCGCUUCUGGUUAUGAUUCGAGAAUACUGUAUUGUCCGGGGAAAGAUGAAAGGAAGGCAUUUUCUAGUGAACCAGGAACCAGAGGUGGAUGAUAUUAAACUUUCAGAGAAGGAGAUGAGAGACUUUAUGACCACUAUGCUGAAACUUCUUCAGUCUGGAGACACUGAACUGAAACAACUUUGUUACACCAUGAAGAAGACCGUCAACACAGAACUCUACACAUUGUUUGUGGACCGGUUUGAGGAAAUGUACAGUGAGGGGAUUAGAAAAAUAAUGGACUUCUUCCAGUUUCUGUCUGAUGUCUUGCUUCAAGAACCAAAUACAUUAGUGAAUAAAUCAAGUGUUGUAGGUCUGUUCAUCCGUCGCAUGGUGCUAUCUUUUGAGACGUUAUCGUUCAGCCAAGUGACCAAAAUCUACCAUCAGUACCGACGCUACUACGAGGAAUGGAAUAAAACAUGUCCGCCACCAGAUGAUGCUGACUCAACAGUUGAGCAGGAUAGUAUCGUGAUGGAUCUGACAAAUGAACUUGAUGACUCUGAUAUACAGAUGGACAAACUCUCUCCACAGAAACGUCUCAGUGUCAAGUUUGAGGACACCGACUUUAGUCAAACUGGUGAAAGUGGGACACACUCCCGAAGGCAGGCAGAAUACUUCCUAUCCCAGCAGGCUCAUUUGCUGCAACAUAAUGAAGAGGAGACACUACCAACGCGUCGGCUACAGGAAAAACUAGGCGAUCUUUUGAGAAGCAAUCCAGAGUUAGCAGAAGUGCACUAUCUCAGCUAUCUAAAUAACCUGAGGGUAAAUGAAUUCUGUGGCGCUGUCCAUAGCAUCUAUCAUUAUUUCGAUCGCCUCACACUCACUACGCCCGCAGGGAAGGAGUCUGUGAAUAAAAAGCAAGAGGACGACAGUGUCAAAGGUUACAGAUAUGCAAUUUUGAAUCUUGCAGCGUUGCAUUUCAAAUUUGGUCACAGAGAAGAGUCAUUGGCUGCUCUUCACGAGGCCAUCAGUAUAGCACAGGAAUAUAACGACAAUGUCUGCUUGCAGCAUGCACUGGGCUGGCUCCAUCGUCUCGGUGAACAGAACACACUGAACACAGCCAACCUCCUAGAGAGAGCUGUUACCAAGUCUAAUGAAUUACACCUCCCUGUAAGUGAACCAUACCUAACAUCCCUUGGAAUUCAAGCCCUUGCUAAGCAUAGUGCUGCUAACUGUGUACCUCCAGCUAGUGUGUUUGAAUUCAUCCUAAAAAGUGACAUUCUGAACUGCCAACACUCACAGUUAGACCUGAUGUCGAUCAGCUAUGCUCAGAAGUCGGCCAUGUGGCACAUGUACGGGAACCGCCUGAUGUCGACUCUAUCAAGUCAAUUGCUGCUGAACUUGAAUACAGCGGAAUCAGGGAUUUACCUAAAUGGGGAGGCUGGAUGUAUUGCGUUGUGUAAUCUUGCAAGGGUACACAUUGAUGAGGGCCACACCAGCAUUGCAAUGGAGAUCCUUGAGAGCUGCAAACGCCGAUUCCCAAAUCCUUCCCAGCAUGCAAAGAUCUGGAUGUUGGCGGAGCAGACAAUGCUUUUUGAAACUGCAAUGCAUCAUGGAAAAUGGUCGCAAGCGGAGCAGGCCAUUUUGAAUAUGGCUGCUGUUAACAAUAUUGAAGCAAAAUAUAGGAAAGCAAUAUUACUGAAGGAGAAGGGUGAAACCAGUAAAGCAUUGAGUUUAUUGAAUGAGGUGAUGGAAGGACAGAGCAAGGACCCUGAUGACACUACACCUGAUCUGUUCGCAAGAGUGACCCUUAUGUACGCCGAACUCUACUGCCAAACCGGUAACAUGGUAGUCGCAAUAUCACCGUUACUGUCCUGUGUGACAUUCUGCAGACGACAUUACUUUUCUUACCUUGCUGCUAUGGCCACCAUGUAUCUAGCCUAUGUUCAGUUUUGCAUGAAUCUUCCAAACCAAGCUCUGAAACUCAUCGAACAGGAAUUGGUGACAAUCCUAACUUAUGGGACGCAGUAUGACAAGGCUAGAGUCCUGUAUCUCUAUGCUAAAUGCCAAGUGGCCUCUGUUAGUCAUUUAGAUGAGGACACUCGAAAACCUGUUCUCACAUCCAUCACUAGCCAGCUCAACAAGGUGAUAGAUCUGUUCAAGGGCGUUGAGGAUUUCAGGCGCAUGAAGGACGUCUACUAUUAUCAGGCCCGGCUUUACCAUGAACUAGGCCAAGGAGCCGAGAGGAACAAAUGUGCUUUAGAGUUCCGACAACUUGACCAACUCUACCCUACGUUGACACACCUUACUGUGAAUGUGUUAUGAUAUGAGGAAAAUGGAAAAUUUUUUUCAUGCAUGACAUUGUGAAAAUUGAAACAGCAAAAUUGAAAGUCCUGAGGAGUUUGCAUGUCACUUUUGUCUUCAUCAUGAAGGAUUUUGGGGGAGACAUUGAGACUGCAGCAUUAUCCAUUAUGUGGCGAAGAGGCUGCUGUUCUAAUGAUCCCACUUUGCCUUUCCAUAGUCUCUGUAUUACACCCUCUUGCCAUCUAGCCAGCAGAGUGCUCACCUGCGUGGAAUUAAGGCACACGGACAGACUCAUUACCUGAAGAAAAUGUUCCAGGAAACGAGGUCAAACCAUGUGAAAGAAGAAAGUGGCUUUUGUGGAACAUAUAAGCAGUAUGAUUGGGAAUGGUAGAACAGAAGGUCCGUUGGUGUUGGUCUUUGCUACUCAGUACUUUACGUUCUCGAGCAGUUCUGCACCCCCUUUAUUCCCAACACUGUUCUUAGACCUUCUUUUGUAAAAUUUUUCAUAUCGCUCUCAUUUCAUGAAAAAUUUCUUCACAUCUAGAAGCACAUAUCAGUACUGCAAACCUGAUGAGAAUUGUCACAGAAACGUUCUUUAAAAACAAAUUUUAGGUUGCAUAUCAAACAUAUAUUUGAAUAAAUGUUACAAAUUCAGUCAUUUAAACCUAAUAUAAGCAGUAUCUGGCUCUAUCACAUAUGUGUGACUUUACCCUGUAUGUACAUCAAGGUUGGAAAUAAAUAUACCAUAAAUUGUU